AUCCCAAAUACCGAACCCCUCUCUCUCUCUCUCUCUCUCUCUCUCUCUCUCUCUCUCUCUCUCUCUCUCACCAAAUGACUCUCAGACUUUUCCCAAAGAUAUCAAAAUUCCCCACGUCCGUGAUCGCCGCCUUCGCAAUGCCGCUUAUCACCCUCGUCCUUGCUGCCGCUGCUGCAGGCCCACCACCUUCGAGCUGCACCCAGGAGCUUGUUCUUUUCUCCCCAUGCUUGCCCUACAUCUCGUCUCCGCCAAACAACCUCUCCGGCACGCCCUCCGAAAACUGUUGCAACACCUUCUCAUCGUCUUUAAACUCUAGCAACAAUGGAAUUUGCCUCUGCUACCUUGUCCGGGAGUCAUCCAUUCUGGGGUUUCCGGUCAAUGGCACCAGGGUGCUCUCUCUACCUUUGGUCUGUCCGCUACCCAGAGAGGACAGUUCUAACAGGACUGGAUCUUUGGAGUCACUUUGCUCAGGGUCACCGGCAUUGCCUCCUCUCCGGAGCCCAACAAGUUCAGGGCAUACAAAUCCUUCCGGUUCAGAUGCUAAUAAUGUUACAUCUCCACUGGAGCCUGGGAAGAAUUCAUCCGCAACACCAAGCUCACCACCCGAGUUUACACCCCCAGCAAGGAACUCAGCUGUAGAACCGGAUACAAGUUCAUCAGCCACAGAACCACUUUCCAGCAGCUACAGCUUGUUUCCAUCUGGUGUACUAAUUUCACUUGUUCAUACCUCUACUCAUCUAUACUCAUCGUACAUCUUAUGUUUAGCUUUGCCCACAUAUUGGCAUUAAAAGGAUUGUAGGCAA